AUGACUAUGUCCGAUAGCCCGUCUGACGUCAUAAGGGCACGUUCAACAACUCAGCCGCUGGCUUUACCAUCUGACCAAUCAUCACCCUGCAAGCUGACUGCUCAUCCUUCUGAUUGGUGCUUGAUUCACCAACCUCUGCCGUCAUCGCCUCGUCUAUUGAACGUAACGACGGGGUAUUUCCGUACGACGACAACGGCGCCGAUACGGAGAAAAAGCGAGCCAGUCGCCGCUCGCUUGCCAGUUCGUUAUUCCGACACUUGGAUUGCCAGCUCUUGUAGCAACAAUAAUACCUUUAAAAAAAAAAAAAGGGCUGAAGUGUCAGUAGAUUGUGGUACACUCACUCUUUGCACUCAUUUGCUUUCUUCCUUCCUUUUCUCUCUUCUCUUUCCAAAUUGUUUUAGAGUUUUCAGUUUUAAGAUUGAUGGAAUGACAACAACCAAGUUUCUUUGCAUUCUAGAAACUUUGAGAGAACGUGAUGAAGCAAGAUCUAGAUUGUCACAUAAACGUCUCCAAAGACUAAGGACUCGAAGUGAAAAACCAAAUAUCAUUUUGAUUCUUACAGAUGACCAGGAUGUCUUGUUGGGUUCUUUGGAUUAUAUGCCCAAGACUAAAAAGCUUUUAACAAACAACGGUGCGUACUUCAAUAAUUCCUUUGUAUCAACUCCAAUGUGCUGCCCUUCUCGGAGCACACUGCUUACUGGAAUGUAUGCACACAACCACAAUGUGUUCACUAACAAUGAAAACUGCUCCUCAACACAAUGGCAGAGGAAUUAUGAGACCAAAAGUUUUGCUACCUACUUGAAUGAUGAGGGUUAUCGAACAGGUUAUUUUGGGAAAUAUUUAAAUGAAUAUAAUGGUUCCUACAUCCCUCCUGGAUGGAGAGAAUGGAUGGGUUUAAUACGCAAUUCACGGUUCUAUAACUAUACUAUUAAUUUUAAUGGAAAAAAGAUGAAGCAUGGAGAUAAUUAUUACAAAGAUUAUCUGACAGAUCUGGUUGCUAAUGACAGUGUCACAUUUCUAAAACAAAGCAAAGAACUGUUUCAAAAUAAACCUGGCAGUGUAAAGAUAUCAAAAAAAGUACGUAAACAGAUGAUACGUAAAGAGAAAUUGAUGGCCCGCUUUCGUAAAACAGAGCUUCAAAAGAAUGGCAUUCGAAGUCCUACUGCUCAGUUACAAAUGUUCGCUGGAGCAGAUCUUGUUGAUGUUUGUGCACGGCCAGAAUUUAAGGCACCUUGUAAACCUAAUCAGGAUUGGGAGUGUCGAUUUGAAAAUGGCCAACCCGAAAUUUACAGAUGUCGUUCAGGACGACAGACCCAAUUUUCAUCCAUGAUGCAAAAUGAUCGUCCAUGCAUCUGCCCACCUAACAGAUCAAGGAGUCCAAGCAAGCAAGAACGUCAAAACCAACGCAAUAUUAUCAAGUCUUAUAUCAGUAGAGAUAUUGUCCCACAACAAAAGAUGUGUAGAGUUUUACCAAAUAACACAAUUGUAUGUGAUCCUGUUUUAUAUGAAAAGAUUGAUGCCUGGCGAAAUCACAAAGAUCAGAUUGAUAAUUUAAUUCAGCAGUACCGUUCAACAAUUAAUGACCUGAAGGAUAUUCGUAAACAUCUUAAAAAACAGAAGCCAGCAGAGACAGUCUCCUCAGAUCCUUUGGGGAAGGACUUUUAUACAGGAGCCAUUUCCUUGGAUAAAUAUCUAAGCAGAUCUUCUAAUUGUGAUUGUAGUAAAACACAAACGAGGUUACCUAGCAGAAAGAUGACUGCUUCAAAGUAUAACACACUACUCACCGGUAGCCCACAUCAUAAUAUUCCCCUGUGGAAACGGAACAGAUAUUGGAAAAAAGGGCGAAAACGUAAAAUGAAACACAAGUUCCGUAAAGACUCUAAGCAUGAAUGUCGCAUGCCCAACAUGAAGUGCUUCACACAUGAUAACUAUCAUUGGAAAACUCCCCCCUAUUGGACAUCUACAACAAAGGUUAAGAAUCGACAACGGCCACGCUCCAUUGAAUAUCUCUCUCUGCUUCAUGGGCUAACUUGUAAAAAGGAUGGUCUGGAAUGUACUAUCAUGGAUAACGAACACUGGAGAACACCUCCAUAUUGGACUUAUAAUGUCUCACCUGCAGAGCCCAUCAGUUUGGAAAGUGAAUUGACACUUGCUAUAAAUAUCUAUACCUUUUUUUCUCUCUGUCUCUCUUUCUUUUCUUUUUUUUUCUCUCUCUCUUUUCUCUCUCUCUCUUUUCUCUCUCUCUCUUUUCUCUCUCUCUCUUUUCUCUCUCUCUCUUUUCUCUCUCUCUCUUUUCUCUCUCUCUUUUCUCUCUCUCUUUCUCUCUCUCUCUUCUCUCUCUCUCUUUUUUCUCUCUCUCUCUUUUCUCUCUCUCUCUCUUUUCUCUCUCUCUCUCUUUUCUCUCUCUCUUUUCUCUCUUUUCUCUCUCUCUUCUCUCUCUCUCUCUCUCUCUCUCUCUCUCUCUCUCUCUCUUCUCUUUCUCUCUCUCUCUCUCUCUUUUCUUUCUCUCUCUCUCUUUUCUUUCUCUCUCUCUCUUUUCUUUCUCUCUCUCUCUUUUCUUUCUCUCUCUCUCUUUUCUCUCUCUUCUGCUGUGUUGAUUUUAAUUUUUACCUGUCAAUUCUUUCAUCCCGUAUCUCAUCAGUUUUAUCUGAACAGUAUUUUUUUCUGUGUGCAGGCUUGAAUUUUCUUUACAAUGUUAUUACAUAG